GAAUGACCACACGGACACGAAAAAUCAAUAAGUACAGUAAGUACAGAGUCAGACCGGCAUGAAUGCAGGAACAGGACGAGACGCCUGAAAGCGAGCUUUUUUUGUUUUUGUCAACAAUGACUUGAAAAUAGAAGAAACUUUCCUCCUAGGACGAAGAGUAAGAAUAAAAACUUUUGCAGGCAUUACUUGGUCACACAUCAUUUACAAUAGGAGUUCUUGCUCUCCAUUCACCAUAUUUUCAUCUGGACUUGGAUCAAAGCCCUGAGACUUUGAGAUCAUAAAUCAACAAUGAACCUAACCUCAGAUUUGUUGGACAUGAUGUUGAAGGCAUCUAACCUCUCCCGGUGGCAAUUCAUCCAACAAUACUCCAUCCCACCUCUGGUGGCUGUGCCCCGGCUCCCAGCUGCCCUGCUACCUGUAUUUGGUCUGCUCUAUGUAAUCAUCUUCGGGCUUGCUGUGGUUGGAAAUGGGGCUGUGCUGGUUCUCUUGUGUCGUAAGAAAGCACUGCAGUCCCCAAGCACUUUUUUCAUCUGCUCACUGGCACUCAGUGACCUUCUCAUUGGAAUUGUGUGUGUGCCUGCCUCAUUGUUGCAGCACUUCUUCAACAACUGGCUAGCAGGUGACUUCCUGUGCAAGCUGGUCCCCUUUCUCCAAGUGACUGCUAUAGCAACCAGCAUCCUGACCAUGACUUGUAUAGCUGUGGAACGCUUCCAGGGAAUCUUGUAUCCACUUCAUGUCCGUAACAGCUACAUCGUUCACAGCUCCAUCGGGAUGCUCGUGGCUGUGUGGUUGAUUGCUCUGGCAAUCGCAGCUCCGAUAUGGUUUGUCCAGAAAGUUGAGGUGAAAUACGACUUCCUGUUUGAUGUUCACCACACCAGUUGUCUGGAAGUAUGGCCAAGUCAGCAGUGGAGGAGGAGGUACACCGUGUGUCUAUCAGUCAUGGUUUUUUUGGUCCCAAUGUUGACCAUGGCCAUCCUGUAUGGGACGAUCAUGAGGGAAUUGUGGGGCAAGCACCGCAUCCAUGAGGCUGUGUUCCAAACACUGCCAGGGUCUGAGAUCAACAAGAUCACCAGGAGGAAGAGGAGGGCAGUGAAGAUGAUGGCCACUGUGGUGCUUCUCUUUGGUGUUUGCUGGGCUCCAUUUCACCUAGUUUCACUGCUACUGGACUAUGAAAAGCUACGCCUGGACCUGGACUCUGAGUUUCUGUUGCUGAGCUUGGUACAGAUCCUGGGCUUCAGCAACUCCGUGUGCAACCCAGUGGUCUACGCUGCCCUCAACACUAACUUCAAGAGGGAUUUGCUCUCCCUGCUCACACAAAGACGAGCCCUCUGCUUCCAGAGAAGGCAGACCCGAGUUGCCGUCUCCGUUACGGACCCGAGGACCACAGCGGAAAGGAUGGAGAGGAGAGUUGCUGUCCAGCCAUGGAGCAAAAGGGCCUGGGAAACAGAAAACUGUGUGGUACCAGAAGCAAACGCAGCAAGGACGAAAUCCUUUAAACCCGUGACCUUGCUUGGUGCCAUUUGGCCCAGUAACAGCUCAGGCACUGUCAUUCUGAAUGUCGUAGAUCCGCUGCCUGUGGACGUUACCUACAGAUCAGAUCAGAAAUCUACAUAAUCUCCAGAGCAG